CGUUCUUGAAACCUUGAGGGAUAACACCACGACAUACAAUGAGCACUUUCGAUGGAUGUGAGUCCACUGACGUGGUUAUCUGCGGAUGUGGACCAACGGGCGCUCUGCUAUCGAGCUACCUGGGCCACAUGUCUAUCAAACACACCGUACUCGAGAGGGAAAGCGGGAUUACGACAGACCCCCGAGGAAUUGCCCUCGAUGAAGAUGGAAUUCGUUUGCUUCAAGGGGCUGGUAUAUACAAACAGAUUUAUACUGAAAUUGGAACUUGCAUGGGCAUUUUCAAGUUCAUUGGAGGGACACAGCAAGAUCUCAGUCGGGAGGCAACUGUCGAGAUGGACUUUUCUACGACAGAAGGAGGCACUGGUCAUGUUGGUUUCAUUUGCCAUAAACAACCGACUCUGGAGAGACACCUCAGAGACGCCAUGACUUCCUCCGGUUUCUGUCAGCUCAGAUCCAAUUGCACUGUUAUAGAAAUCCAGCAGGACGAAGCCUGGACGUAUUGUCGGUACCGAGACGAAGAUGGUGAGGUUCAUUCUAUACGGUCUCGGUUCUUCGUCGGAGCAGAUGGCAAGACGGGAUUUACCAGGAAGAAAUAUCUUGAGCCCCUAGGUAUACAAAUGGAGCAAGCUCAUGAAGCUUUUUAUGACGAAACAUGGGUAGCGUUGAACUGGGAGAUAGCCCUACCUACACAGGAAACGCACCCCAAUUUUCCGCUUUGGUCUCUUGGGCAUACACCAGAGCAGGUGUACGACCUAUUUUUCCCUUCGAACUUCCGUUUUCUGUGCAAUCCAAAACGCCCAUCUGUCUGUGGGCGCUUUGGUCUCCUAUCAGAUCGGCUUUGGAGAUUCGAAUUCGUUGUUUUGGAUGGUGAAGACGGAAAUGAAAUGGCUUCGUUCGAAAAGACACGAGAAAUCAUAUUUCCUUACCUUACUCAUACAGGACAGCAGUAUGGACUUUCGCAAGACGUUCAAUAUCCCGAAGACUGCAUCCGCGUCCUUCGGUCAAGGCCAUUCCGGUUCUCUGCGCGCUGCUGUAAUAGGUGGUCUCACGGUAGAGUUGCUUUGUGCGGCGAUGCAGCGCACGUUUUCCCUCCAUUCGGCGGCCAAGGUAUCGCAUCAGGUUUUCGAGAUGCCGCGUCCCUGGCCUGGCGCCUUGCUUUACUUUGCCGCCAGGAUGAAGCCAGCUCUCAAAGGCACAAACCUGUUCUCGAGAGCUGGUAUCUGGAGCGCAAGCAGCAGCUAGAGAGAUCUCUUGCCUCGACUAUUGCAAAUGGAAAAUUUGUCUCGGAGACAAACCCGCUGAAGAUAUUCCUCCGCUCCUGUUAUCUGUUCAUCAUGAACCUGGUCCCUAGCUGGCGACGACAGCUGCGACUCGGUCCCAGGAAGGAUGGAAUGGUCCGCUACCAGUUCUCGCCAAGGAUGCCCUUCAUCCCCGAUCUCAACGGGGGUUUAUGUCUUCCCCAGGUGUACUGUAAGUCUAGCUCCGGGGAGGUUUUCUUUACAGACGACAUCAUCUUCAAUCCGUCCAAGAAGGGACUCUUCCAAUUACUUGUUUAUCUUCAAACGCCUAGUGAGCUUGGAUCCGCUAGAGAUAUAAUAUCCGCCAUUGAGAGAUUAUCACGAGGCGAAAUUCGGAUCGACGAAGCCACAUAUAUUGUUGAGGACGAAGAUUGGAACCCAACUGGUGUGCAGGACAUGAAAUCAGUGUAUCAACUGGCAAGCGCGGCAGAGUUCGCGGAGUCUUCGUUAUGCGACGGACGCCCCGAACCACGCUAUUAUGAUAUGCAGUACCUUGGGAAAGCAUUGGGAGGGAGCAAGUAUGUGAUUGUCCGUCCGGAUCGGUUCAUAUUUGCUGCGUGUAGAAACCUCGAGGAGAUUGAGAGUGCAGCUGGAGAAGCGGCGGGAUACUUACAAGCCUAAGUUUCUCGCCUACCUUUUGCCAGUGUAUUACUAGUAUACUAGCAAAUGCCCGAUAUAUUAUCCCGACUUUAUUUCAGGUCCACGGCUUGGGAAGAUCGUAAUCUGUCAAUGUAGUGCCGGGUAAUCUGGUCAGUCUUCCUGAGGCCACCUCAUCUUAGGGUGAGCAACUCUUAUCAUGGUGUAGAUACGUGGAUUCAAG